AACAUUCAGGCCUCACAGCUAGGAGACCCAAGUUCAAUCCCACCCUCGGUUAUUUCUGUGUGGAGUUUGCAUGUUCUCCGGGUACUCCGGUUUCCUCCCACAUUCCAAAAACAUGCUAGGUUAAUUAGCCACUCCAAAUUGUCCAUAGGUAUGAAUGUGAGUGUGAAUGGUUGUUUGCCUAUAUGUGUCCCUGUGAUUGGCUAGCCACCAGCUGGGAUAGGCUCCAGUAUUUUUCACUAAGGGAGCCAAAGGACCUGCCGGCGUUCCAUGUUUUCCAUUUGAAAUGUUGACUCAUUCCACUGUAAAUAAUUCCGGUUUUAAGAAGUCAUCCAAUGUCAAUAUUUGCAGAACGUGCAGUAAUGUGUCUUAAUUCCCUGAAUAUACAUUUGAUUAUAUUUAUAUUUAUGGAACUUUUACCAAGUUCUGCAAAGAGUCAUUAUGUGAAAGUACUUCCUUUUGUAGUAUGGAUGUGAAAGUACUUUCUUUACCACAUUUGGGAACUGUAAUUUUGUUUGUUAAGUAUUGUUAGUUUAGUUGUAUAUACAGCAUGGCGAGGGUUUUGUGCUGCGGGUUUGACUCUAAUGCUGGACUUAUUACUAUUGUGUACAUUUCCGGGGUUCCCCGUGUUUGCUCAAGGAAUGAUUCCUGCGUCACGAAGAUGUUCUGUACAGUAAACGUGUUCCUUCUCACUUUUUAGGACACCUGCUGGUUGCAUCACUUGUACUUCCCUCGGAAAAGUGGCAUUUCCUUUUCAGAUUCCCAGACUGUGUGAGGGUUGAGUUCUUGUGAAGUUCCACACUUCCGAGCUGCGACAUUUGGAGACAAUUGGAUCCUCGGUAGAGUUUGAACUAUGCUUACAAAACUGUGUUGGAAGUCAAAGAACAUAGUAUGCUUCUCUCGGGAAAAGUGGGAGGUGCUUAUGUGACCUCCUCUGAGGUCCUCACCUAACCUGCCCCUCCCCCGCCCCCACCUCCAGGCCAGAAAAGUACCAUUCCAGUGACAUUGGUGGACCAGGAAAAAUGCAUAAACAAGACCCCUCUGAAAAAAAGUGGCCUUUUCUGCUGUUUUUGGGUCCUGACGGGAUCCCUGAUGAAUGUGUGAGAAGAACCAACUUCCUGGACCCAACUUCCCGCACCAACGAAAGACCCCCAUUGAAAAAAUGGGGGUCAAAAAAAAAAAAUGGACCCUUGGAAAAGUGUCCUUUUCUGCCAUUUGUAGGUUCUACCGGGACUGUGGGAAGUUUCCCUCACAUCCCGGACCAAAAAGGUUGCGAUGGAGCAACAUUAAAAAAUAAUGUGUGGGAGGUUGCCCCCAAGUUCCAGGACCAACUAAGACCCACAUUAAAAAUGGACCCUUGGAAAAGUGUCCUUUUCUGCCAUUUGUGGGUUCUGCCGGGACUGUGGGAAGUUUCCCUCACAUCCCAAACUGGAAAGGUUGAGGUGGAGCGACAUUAAAAAAUAAUGUGUCGGAGGUUGCCCCCAACUUUCAGAACCAACUAAGACCCCCAUUGAAUAUGGACCCUUGGAAAAGUGUCCUUUUCUGCCAUUUGUGGGUUCUGCCGGGACUGUGGGAAGUUUCUCUCACAUCCCAGACUGGAAAGGUUGAGGUGGAGCGACAUUAAAAAAUAAUGUCUGGGACGUUGCCCCCAAGUUCCGGGACCAACUAAAGACCCCCAUUGAAAAUGGACCCUUGGAAAAGUGUCCUUUUCUGCCAUUUGUGGGUUCUUCCGGGACUGUAAGUUUCCCUCACAUCCCAAACUGGAAAGGUUGCGGUGGAGCGACAUUAAAAAAUAAUGUCUGGGACGUUGCCCCCAAGUUCCGGGACCAACUAAAGACCCCCAUUGAAAAUGGACCCUUGGAAAAGUGUCCUUUUCUGCCAUUUGUGGGUUCUACCGGGACUGUGGGAAGUUUGCCUCACAUCUCAGACCGGAAAGGUUGCGGUGGAGCGACAUUAAAAAAUAAUGUCUGGGAGGUUGCCCCCAAGUUACGGGACCAACUAAAGACCCCCAUUGAAAAUGGACCCUUUUAAAAGUGUCCUUUUCUGCCAUUUGUGGGUUCUGCCGGGACUGUGGGAAGUUUCCCUCACAUCCCAAACCAGAAAGGUUACAGUGGAGCGACAUUAAAAAAUAAUGUGUGGGACGUUGCCCCCAAGUUCCGGGACCAACUAAGACCCCCAUUGAAAAUGGACCCUUUUAAAAGUGUCCUUUUCUGCCAUUUGUGGGUUCUGCCGGGACUGUGACAAGUUUCCCUCACAUCCCAGACCAGAAAGGUUACAGUGGAGCGACAUUAAAAAAUAAUGUGUGGGACGUUGCCCCCAAGUUCCGGGACCAACUAAGACCCACAUUGAAAAUGGACCCUUGGAAAAGUGUCCUUUUCUGCCAUUUGUGGGUUCUACCGGGACUGUGGGAAGUUUCCCUCACAUCCCAAACCAGAAAUGUUGCGGUGGAGCGACAUUAAAAAAUAAUGUGUCGGAGGUUGCCCCCAACUUCCAGGACCAACUAAGACCCCCAUUGAAAAUGGACCCUUGGAAAAGUGUCCUUUUCUGCCAUUUGUGGGUUCUGCUAGGACUAUGGGAAGUUUCCCUCACAUCCCAAACCGGAAAGGUUGCGGUGGAGCGACAUUAAAAAAUAAUGUGUGGGACGUUGCCCCCAACUUUCGGGACCAACUAAGACCCUCAUUGAAAAUGGACCCUUGGAAAAGUGUCCUUUUCUGCCAUUUGUGGGUUCUGCCGGAACUGUGACAAGUUUCCCUCACAUCCCAAACCGGAAAGGUUGCGAUGGAGCGACAUUAAAAAAUAAUGUGUGGGACGUUGCCCCCAAGUUCCGGGACCAACUAAGACCCCCAUUGAAAAUGGACCCUUGGAAAAAGUGUCCUUUUCUGCCAUUUGUAGGUUCUGCCAGGACUGUGGGAAGUUUCCCUCACAUCCCAAACCGGAAAGGUUGCGGUGGACCGACAUUAAAAAAUAAUGUGUGGGACGUUGCCCCCAAGUUCCGGGAACAACUAAAGACCCCCAUUGAAAAUGGACCCUUGGAAAAGUGUCCUUUUCUGCCAUUUGUGGGUUCUGCUAGGACUAUGGGAAGUUUCCCUCACAUCCCAAACCGGAAAGGUUGCGGUGGAGCGACAUUAAAAAAUACUGUGUGGGACGUUGCCCCCAAGUUCCUGGACCAAUUAAAGACCCCCAUUGAAAAUGGACCCUUGGAAAAAGUGUCAUUUUCUGCCAACAGACCUGAAAAAAACCUGAAACAGACCUGAAAAAAAUGUGAAUAUGCAAAAAUCAUAAAGAACUUUUGUUGAGGUUGAAAUAAUGAAUAAAAAUGCAUUAUGAAAUUAAAAAAUAUUUAAAAAUAAAAAUAUAUAAAAAAAUUAAAAAUUAAAAAAAAUUUAAAAAAAUUAAAAAUUUAAAAAAAUUAAAAAAAAUUAAAAAAAAAGAAAUGUGGUCUUCUGUGCUAUUUUUGGAUUUUACAGAGACCCUCCAUCAUUCCAUAGGAGUUUCCUCUCACUUCCCAGGCCAGAAAAGUGCACAAAUUCACUCUAAAAAUAUGUGCUUCUUGGUGCGUCUGCGUUAUUAAUGCACACAUUUUCUUACAAUUCAUAACCUUCCAUGGAGCCCUCGUGUUAAGGACAUCCGCAAAUCGAAUAAAACGUUGCUCAAGGACUUACAACGUCAGUGCUCUCAGCCAAAUGUUUGCUAAAGUUCACACCAAAUGAGGUCAGAUAAGAAAAAACAUGGCCGCUUCAGCAAUAUAUGUCUUUUUACGAUGACAAUUUCCUUGACACAAUAACUUUACUGUAACUUACAGGAUGGGGGUUAAUCUUUGGCGUGGUUUAUUUAAUCUACGACCAUGAAACGGAUAUUGACAUCAGAGUCCAGCGAGACCAUUUCCAUAAGAGUGGCGGUUUGAUUCUCAUGUCACAUGUCAUGUCUCAUGUCAUGUGAGGUGGCGAGAUGUUUGUUUGCAUUCAUUUUUGCAUUAAAGGACAUGCUCAUCGAUGACUACACGCAAAUGUAGUCACGGAUGAGUCAAUUGAUUAUUUAGAUGAUGAUUAUUAUGAUGAAAAGUAUCAUUAAGAACUUGUCGGGAGCACGGAUCACAUCAUUCCCGUUACGGAUAAUGGCGGUGCAAGCGCCCUUAAAGAAAGCAUUAUUUGGUUACACCCAUCCAUUCAUGCUUACUGACAGAUGAUAGAUAUACAAAUAUACCUGUCUACAACUCCAGCACUGCAAACUAUAAACAUAAUAAUCCCAAAUAUUUGUUUUACUAUCAUGAUCUGUGCAUGCUUUUAUCAUCAUAGAAUGCAUAUGAAAUUUAACAUCCUGUUUGUGGUUGAUAAACAAGCACUCAGAAGGGAUUAUUUUGUGUUUUUAAUAUCAUAUUUAUUUUCUGUGGAGUCACAUUUAGACUGAUGUGGAUUCCAUAUGUUGCUAACACGUGAAAUGAAAACGCCUAAAGUAAAUUAUUGAUGACAUGGCCCCGGAUUCUCAAUACUAAUACAGGCCCUUCAGGAUAUUCGAAAUAAGGACAACCCCUUUUUUUCAUAUAAGGCAAUGGGCGGUGCGAGUAAGCCAACUACUUCAUUUUGAUUGGAUGUUCCAGCUGACAUGACCGUUUUUUCCAUAGUCGUCCUCGACGCUGAUUGGUCCUCAGGCUUGGUCCGAUUGAAGAUCAUUAUCAUAAUCAGCGGGUGACACCGGGGCGGGGGGGGAGUGAAGGCAGAAUCCAAACAAGAGCAGCGGAUCUCGGCGUGGCACUUGGCUUCCACACAAACUGACCCCCACUGGCGGAGGGAAGAAUGCUUGAAAACAAGAGAGACAGGUUAAAAACCUUUCUCAAGAAGAUCGACGAAAAGGCCAUCGUCAGAAUCAAGCACUUCAUGAAAGAGAGCAGCUACCCAGUAGAAGGCGGCGGCGGUGGUGGUGGUGGUGGUGGAGUGCCAGCCAAGUUGAAGAGAAGCAGGAGCACCUUGAGCAAAGAUGGUGUCAAGAAGGUGGAGGCCAGGAAGACAUUGAGCUUGGAGGCUGCUCAGCUGGAGAUCCAGGAGCAGCACAAGACCCUCACCAGACCGUUAUCGAGGUCGCAGACGUUUGACGUUGACUGCAGAAGCUUUGAAAGGACUGAAGGCAGCGGCACACAAAGUAGUUUCAUAAAGCACAAUGCAACAUUCCACAAGUUGUUUCCAGGCAUUCCAGAAAGUGAAGACUUGAUACAUGCAUACGUCUGUGCACUGCAAAAGGAAGUGCCCUACCACGGUCGACUGUACAUCACUGACAGCCAUGCCUGUUUCCACUCCUCCGUUCUGCUCAAGGACACUAAGGUGGUUAUCCCUGUUUCCGGCAUCCACAUUGUCAAGAAGCAGAACACCGCUUUACUGGUGCCAAAUGCCUUGUCCAUACGAACCACAGAGGGAGAAAAGUUCCUGUUUGUCUCGCUGCGGAACCGAGAAGCGUGUUAUCAGCUGCUGCGCUCCGUGUGCCCUCAGCUGGAGGAUCCCAGUACAAACAGCAGCCCAGUUAUCUCCUCUGGUGAGCACAGCUUCAACAAGAGCAAACUUGUGAACUCCAGCCAUUCCAGUCUGGAUGGCAGCUUUGACCAGUUGGACGGCUCCGACUCGCUGUCGUUACAGGACAAACCCCUUGACAGCACGCACAAAGACGCCGUGCCUAAUGGAAAAGCAUCCACUCUCAGGAGCCUGCAUGAGCAGCAGAGUGGGAGCUCGUCUUCGGAGGAGGAUCUGUCCUUAUCAGUUUCAGCUGGCUCCUGGGUUUGGAACGUGACGGAGAAGGCCAAGUCCGUGCUGGUUCAGAGAGAAGCCAGCACCCUCAACACCCUGCUCUUCAUCUACUUGAUACUGGUUGUUCUGCUGCUACUGUCCUCGGGCUACAUCGGGUUACGUAUUGUGGCCCUGGAGGAACAGCUCACGUCACUCGGUGCCUUGCCCGAGUUCACCCUGCAGAGCGGGUACCGCCAGGACACAUAACACUCGGCGACUAAAGGGGAGAGCGACUGACUCGUGAUUCGGGGAGGAUCACUGCAAGCGGACGACAUUUCACGUCGAGAAAGAGAGAGAGAGAGAGAAAGUGUCCAACCCGUGCAAUUCCAGAGACAACUUGAAGGGCUAACCCCGCUCCCGUCCCGCCGCUAAACGGAGACGCCGCCACCGGGACCUGAGCCAAAGUCGCAUCCGCACCCUGCCUGGUUGCAGCGUGGGCGUGUCUUGCCCGGCGAACAGAGGUCACGUGACCGGACUUUUUUUUUUUUCCUCCCGCUAGCCCCCCCCCUCACAGCAUGGCGUCUGAACAGGGCUACACCGAACCUGCAUUAGCGCUAGCCAAAGAUCUGCAUGGCGUCUCCUUCACUCUCCUUGGAGUCUCUCUUUGAAUGUCUUACCUGCAGCCAUGACGACGAUGAUGAUGAUGAUGAUGAUGAUGAUGAUGAAAUCUCCUUCUCCUGAUGGUCUCCUCACUCUCUCCCUUCAUCGCCUCCUCAUUCUUUGUUGUGAUUUAACAAGUUUAACGAUCAGACGUCGUCCCGCGUCAUCACGUGUUGUUCAGGAGAAGACACAGGAAGCGGUCCCAGUCUUCUAUCCGGUUCAGGUUCUCCAAUGAUGUAUCUCUGAUGUUCAUGUUCAUGUGCGUGUCUGCAGUCCCCCCUCCAUCCUAAGCACACUUUGCCGAUAAGGUCCAAGUUUCAACAUCGGGAAAAACGGUCCUGCGAGAUUUCAAUAUGCAACCAAAUUAGUGUUACGCAUGGCAAAAGUGUCUUUUAUUCGCGUGUGCGCCCUUUUUUAAAAAAAAAAAAUGGAGCAGGAAAUGUGUUAAAAAAAAAAAAAAAAAAAGAAGCGAGUGCACUUUACUAAAUGUGUCGUGCCUGUCCCAAUCCAAGACGCCAUUUUGGAUUGAGUAGAAAUGGCAACAAGCUGUCGUAUGAGGGGUGUUUUGUGCGACGGCGACGACACCUUUUUGUCCUUAGUUGCUUUCAAUGUGUUUUCACUCAGGGGUGGUGGGCACGACCCCCGCCAGGUGGAUAUUCCUGUGUCAUUUCAAAGUCCACAUCUUGGCUUGGGUGCCUCUCAGCCAUCUUGUUUUGUUUGUUUGUUUGUCCCCCC